AUCCUCUUCACUCACUCGCCCAAGCUCAUCUCUCCCUUCCUCCUCCUUAAUCGUCUUUGUGGUAUAUGAACCUAAUUAAUCCCACAAAUUAUGAAAACAUGUUUUUGAAAAAAUUCCAUAAAUCCGGAAAUAAACAAUAAAUAAAUACUCCAAAAAGCAAGAGUAAAUGAUGCUUAUCGCCUAACACUCUCCACCCAUACGAUAAUUCUCAAAAGUUGAACAGUAGUACCCCGUAUGUAGGCAAAAAGCUACCAACAUAGAAAAAGAUAAGUUUUUAAUACGUAUUAUCUUUGUGGGUUCUGAUUUACUUACAGCAAUUUCAGGUUAAGUGAGGGACGAGGGCAGGGUAUAUUAGGGGAGAGAUAAAAAGUGGGCGUUUUUUGGUAUUUGGGAGGUGAGCUCUGGAGAUGUCAGGUGGUGGGUGUAGCAUAGUCUGGUUCAGGAGAGAUCUAAGGGUUGAAGAUAACCCAGCACUCGCAGCUGGCGUGAGGGCCGGUGCCGUCGUUGCUGUGUUUGUAUGGGCUCCGGAGGAAGAAGAUCAUUACUAUCCAGGAAGGGUCUCUAGAUGGUGGCUGAAGCAGAGCUUGGCUCAUCUUGAUUCUUCCUUGAGAAGCCUCGGUACUCAUCUCAUCACCAAGAGAUCUACUGACAGUGUCUCUUCUCUGAUUGAGGUUCUUAAAGCCACCGGUGCUACCCAGCUCUUCUUCAACCACUUGUAUGAUCCCCUGUCUCUGGUUAGGGAUCAUCGGGCAAAGGAGGUGUUAACUGCACAAGGAAUAACAGUUCGUUCUUUUAAUGCCGAUUUACUAUAUGAGCCAUGGGAUGUUACUGAUGCACAAGGACGCCCAUUCACAACCUUUGACGUCUUCUGGGAAAGAUGCCUUAGUAUGCCUUAUGACCCGGAUGCCCCACUUCUCCCACCUAAAAGAAUUAUUUCAGGUGAUGUAUCUAGAUGCGUUUCAGACACUUUGGUGUUUGAAGAUGAAUCAGAGAAGGGAAGUAAUGCUCUUCUUGCUCGAGCAUGGUCACCUGGGUGGAGCAAUGCUGAUAAGGCUCUAACAACAUUCAUUAAUGGACCAUUAAUUGAGUACUCCAAGAAUAGGAGAAAGGCUGAUAGUGCCACCACCUCGUUCCUUUCUCCACACUUGCAUUUUGGGGAGGUAAGUGUUAGAAAAGUAUUCCAUCUGAUCCGCAUCAAACAAGUUCAAUGGGCCAAUGAAGGGAAUAAGGCUGGUGAAGAUAGUGUUAAUUUGUUUCUUAAAUCAAUUGGCCUUAGAGAAUACUCAAGAUACAUGAGUUUUAACCAUCCUUACAGUCAUGAAAGGCCUCUUCUUGGGCACCUUAAGUUCUUCCCAUGGGUUCUUGAUGAAGGCUAUUUUAAGGCUUGGAGACAAGGAAGAACUGGAUAUCCAUUAGUGGAUGCUGGCAUGAGGGAACUGUGGGCCACUGGUUGGCUUCAUGAUCGUAUAAGAGUAGUUGUUUCUAGCUUCUUUGUAAAAGUCCUACAGCUUCCAUGGAGAUGGGGAAUGAAGUAUUUCUGGGAUACCCUCUUAGAUGCAGAUCUUGAGAGUGAUGCUCUUGGUUGGCAGUAUAUAUCUGGUACUCUCCCUGAUGGCCGUGAAUUUGAUCGCAUAGAUAAUCCACAGUUUGAAGGUUACAAGUUUGAUCCUGAUGGAGAAUAUGUAAGGCGGUGGCUCCCUGAACUUGCCAGACUUCCAACUGAAUGGAUACACCACCCAUGGAAUGCGCCAGAAUCCGUACUUCAGGCUGCUGGAAUUGAGUUGGGAUCAAAUUAUCCCCUCCCAAUUGUUGGGAUAGAUGCAGCAAAAGGUAGGUUGCAAGAAGCACUUUCAGAAAUGUGGCAGCAUGAAGCAGCUUCAAGAGCUGCAAUUGAGAAUGGAACUGAGGAAGGGCUUGGAGACUCUUCUGAAUCAACACCAAUUGCGUUCCCUCAGGACAUACAGAUGGAGGAAAACCAUGAACCUGUGAGGAACAACCAGCUUCCUGCUGCAAUUCGACGUUAUGAGGAUCAGAUGGUUCCCAGCAUUACUUCUUCUUUGUUGAGAGUAGAAGAGGAAGAAUCUUCUUUGGAUCUUCAAAAUUCAGUGGCAGAUAGCAGGGCAGAAGUUCCACGGAAUGUAAACAUGAUUGUAAGUGAUCAAAAUGAAGACCUAAGGAGGGAUGCACUAAAUCAAGAAAUUCCUCAGACAAAUCGUAACAACAAUUCUUUGCCACAAUUUAAUAUCCAGUUUGGGAUUGUAAAUCCUGAAGAUUCAACAGCAGAAUCUUCUAGUAGUAGUAGUAGAAGAGAGAGGGAUGGGGGUGUGGUCCCAGUUUGGUCUCCUCCAGCUUCCAGUUACUCGGAGCAGUUUGUAGGUGAGGAAAAUGGGAUUGGGACGAGUUCUUCAUACUUGCAAAGGCAUCCGCAGUCUCACCAAAUAAUGAACUGGAGAAGGCUUUCGCAAACUGGGUGACAAAAGACAAAUGUGGAGACUGAACAUUUUACCAGUCAUGUUAUGACAGAUGAAGAGACAGGAGACGGGGAGUGCAUCGAUGGUUGAUCCUUAGACCAGAGGGAUUAUGAAUUGUUGCUCUCUCUCUCUCUCUAUAUAUAUAUAUAUAUUGUCUAAAAUCUUCUCCCUUCACUGGUCUAACAUGAUCAGCAGUUGACUUCCUAUCAAACUAAGGUUACGUAUGAAAAAUGGAAACUGGUAGAGGCAGCUGAUCGGCUCUCUUUUUCUCUUGUUUCCCUUUUUUGUAUCAUAUGCAUAGAUUUGGUGUAUAGGAUUCCAUUGUUCUGAUAAGGAGGUGAGAUGAAGGCUUAUGCCAAGGAAAUGAUUGUGCUUUUCUGUAGUCUGCUAAUAAACCCUGGAUUGUACUUAUUAAAUUAACUAAUUAGGCAGAUAUUUUACUGUAGA